GGGACCGACCCACCGUAGUAGCCACAUCAUCCAUAAUUUCUUGUGUACAUGGGAUAUCUGGCCAUUGCAGAUUUUGCAAAUUGCUUGUGGGCCCCAGUGUAACGUUUCUGUUGAAGAAGACAGACUUGAUUUUGAUGUAGUUGGGGCGAUGACCGUCAUAUCUGCAUGCACGCUCACACGACAUGUCAUUGAAUGACGUAUGGGUGAAAGUCUGUUUACAAUGUUAUGAUUUUCCUGUUGCAUCUAUCUGCUGUCCUGUGUUGUGAAGCUUGUGAGGCCACAUAUUUGCAAUUUGAGCUGGAGCAUGCGGAAAUCGUCGUCUUGGAGGCUAAAGCGGCGUAUGCAGCCACAGAGGGGAUCCUUGCAGAUCAUUGUAUUCCAUCGUCAAGGUCUGCGGACUUGCUAGAGAAGCUCCCCUCAGUAGAGGCAAUCGAUGUGGAGCCGACCCACGUGGACGCGAAGAUAAAUGGGAUGGAAGAGAAUCUUCAGGGGUCACUUCUUCCCGUGAUUACAUCGCCAAUGGAUGUAGAUAUGUCAAUAGCAGUGGCAAGUGCCGCCGAAGAGAAGAGAGGCAACAAAGGCAUCUCAACGAGGUCGAAGCGACGAGAAGAAACCCAAAAACAACAGGACUGAUGAUGAGAAGGAAGUAUUCGAAGCGAUUUGCGCCUUUCUCAUCAGUUAGUGACUCCCAAGACACACACACACACACACAAAAUUCAGUUUUUGAAAGAAAAGUAAUGUUGUGAGCAACAAAAUGAACACACGUAGAAGCACCGAAGAUAUGUGCACACUGCACAGUACACAGUGGGUUAUGGUAAUCUCUCUCUCUCUCUCUCUCUCUCUCUCUCUCUCUCUCUCUCUCUCUCUCUCUCUCUCUCUCUCUCUCUGUGUGUGUGUGUGUGUGUGUGUAGUUCUGCCAUGGAUAUGAAACAUGAAACAGCAGUUGUUGUGAGUGAUGGCAACCAACCGUUCGCACAACGACGCCAGAAAGCGAAAAAGGGGAAGAGAAGUUAAAAUGACUAGGUAGGUGUUGGACAAGGUGUAGAGUAACAAUUACGACUUUUAUUUUUUUAUGCCUAACUUUUCUCCACCACAUCAGUUAACAGGCAGUGUUCAUGCAGAACCCUUCAAAACAGGACAAUCAUUUUUGUACCUUGCCGUCCAUACAAGCACAUUCUUUAUACCAGAAACGACCACAUUCUCCGAACUUAGCCAUUUGAAUCUA